GAGCGCCGAGGCCGCGGCGGGGCAGGGAGCCCGCUGACAGACAUGGGGGUGUUUUUUCCGACUUCCCCUUGGAAACCUCAAGCUCCCCCCCAGGCACCCUAGACGCUUCCCGGGUCCCAACGGAAGGCCCUACCCACGCCCCGUGUCCCCAUUCUGUCCCGGGAGUGAAACCGAGCCGCCGGGCGCCGUCCCAGCCCAGCGAGAGCGGGGCAUGCCCGCCCGGGUCCGCCCGCAGGCCGCGUUCCGCGCCUGCGCCCGCUCUGGCCUGGGUCCCGGAGAGAGAGCCGCCGGGCGGGCUCGGCUGGGGGAAGGCAGCCGUAGCCUGGGCCUCGGGUGAGGAGGGCACUGUAACCGGUGGGAAGGCUGCGUUUUCACGAAGGACUCGGGUGAAGCUGCAGAGCUGCCUUUCAGCCCUGACUCCUUGGCUUCCUGGGUCGGAGGAGAUCUUGUAAUGGAGUGGUUCUUCGUCUCACACUAACAAGAUGCCUGAUUUCCUCAGGAUCGAGGGAUUAAAGAAUGUCACGGGUUCCAUUGGGGAAAGUCCUCCUGAGGAAUGUCAUCCGGCAUACAGAUGCUCACAAUAAGAUUCAGGAGGAAUCUGACAUGUGGAAAAUCAGAGAACUAGAGAAGCAAAUGGAGGAUGCUUACCAGGGGACCAGAAGGAACACAGUACCCAGCAGCUCAAGUCGGAUGAGAAGUGAUGGUUUUGAUGAAGAAAGUCAGAGAGACUACUGGAGGCCAAGGAAUGAAAUUCCUGGGGCCCUGGAAGAUGAUUUUCUUAAGGCUAAAUCCUGGAACAAGAAAUUAUAUGAUUAUGAAUCCAACAUGCCAGAUAGAUGGGGUCACAGUGGUUAUAAAGAGUUGUAUCCUGAAGAGUUUGAAACAGACAGUGACCAACAAGACAUUACCAAUGGGAAAAAAACAUCUCCCCAGGUAAAAGCAUCAGCCCAUGAGUCCCGAAAACAUAAGAAGUCAAAGAAAUCCCAUAAAAAGAAGCAGAAAAAACGGUCACACAAAAAACAGAAGAAAAACAAAAAGGCGGCUAUGGACACAGCAGCAGAUUCCUCAAGUGAGUUCUCUGAAGAAACUGGAGCUUCGAGUACCAGGAAAAGGAAGCAACCACACAAGAGCAAGAAAAAAUCCAGGAAAAAGUCUCCUAAAAAACCUUUACCUUUAGGGAGAGAAAGUGCUACUUCCCAGUCAGAUGAUUCAGCAGCUAGCAGUUCUGAGGAAAUGGAGGAAAGAGACACUAAGAAAACCAAAAGGAAAAAGAAAGAGAAAAGUGUUCAUGUUCCUGUGGCUAACCCUGAAGUGCAGGAGAGGACAAGCAAGCGCAGGAAUUGGAAAGUGGCUACGGAUGCAAGAUCUGCUGAAAGCUCCGAGGAUGACUGAGUGGGAAGGUCGCAGUCCUGCCUCUCACGGACUCUGGUCAUCUACAGUUCUGUAUAAUGGGGGUUGCCAGCGACUCCGACAGCACAGGAGUCGGAGGUCGGAGGUCAGAGUUGGCCUGCCAUAGAUCCCUUUUUUCCCUCUUGGAUUGUUAGUCUCCAUCCCCUUUUGUUGUUAAUAGGGAAUCUGGUAUUUUGUUAAGGUUUCUUGAAGAGAUUAUUUUUUGCAAUUAAUUUAGGGUAGAAUACCUAUACAGCAAAUUAAAGAACCCAGAAAGCUGAAAUCAGAAAUAAUCUGGGUAUACCAAUUGGAAUGUUGGAUUUGGGGGAAUCAAGGGUCUGGGAUGAAGGAGGAUUGAAGUAGUGCUAGAUAGAAUAGUUUGACAAGGAAACACUUGCUAUUUAUACAGGAGGUGUCCUGACUUCAGCUUUGGUGCUUUGAGUCUUCUAGAGUUGGGCCCUACAGGUAUCUAAUUUACUUAGUGAGGAAAUGGGUAUAAGAACAAACCUUUUCCCUUCAUGGUAAGAUCCACAGAUGACUGAAGGAACAUAGGGCUUUCUGCCUCAUUUCCCUGCUGGUCAGGGACUGCAGCUACAUUUAGUAUAACCCAAACAUAACAGUAACUGGAUAGUAAUUGGUUUUCUAGUUCCAUUGCUUUAUAUUGCCUAAAAUGGGCUCGUGUUUGAAAUUAUUUGUUCAGUUGUCCUCUCAAAUGGAAAGAAUUAGGAAGUAGUCACGUUGCCAAUGAUGCUUUCAAAGAGGUUCAGGGCAACAGCCAUCUAAAUGUUUUUUUUCUUUUUCCAAGUUGGGGAUUGAAUGAAGGCCUUGCACACACUAGGCAAGUGCUCUAUCACUGAGCCAUACCCCCGUCCUGUCGUUCACUUCUAAUUCUAUUAAUGAGUUUUUGAUUUUCCCUGAAACCAGCUGAAUCAAUUCCAAAAUGAAACACACUUCUCAGGGACACACCCACUUCUUCCCAGUCUGACUUUGUGUUACGAUUAUCAAGAACAUAUUAUUUCUCCCUGCUAUACUGUGAUCCUGAUAUUAAAAGAAACCAAAAUACCACUGAAAAGUGGCUGGUAGAACAGUUGACUUUUCAUUAAGAGGAAAGAUAAAGUGACAUUGUCAGGGUUUUUGUUUUUGAGGUUGUCACUUUUGGUACUGAGUAGAAAGCACAAAAACUCAUACCUAAGACUGUGGGGGUCAUGGUUCUGCCACUGAUUGAGUUCUACAGCAGGUUAAGUUAACCUCCCUGGCCUUACUUUUUGCAUGUGUAAUACAAAAAUACUUCAUGGUUAGCAUGACAGACACCAGCAAUAGAAUACUACUAUGCUGACAUCCCAUGAAGUGGCAUUUUAUAGUUCUAACUAAAUUUGUGCUCUUUAUGGAACUUCUAAUAAAGUGCUUGUUUUUAAAAUACAUAGUUGGCCAGAUGUGCCCUAUCCCUGGAUUAUGAGCAGGUGCUACCUUUUGGGAUACUGAAACACUAUUAACUUUGGUACUCAAAUGUCAACGUUCCAUGGUAUGUUUUUUCCUUGGGUUUAGUGGAGGUUUAAUGGGAGGAGAGUCUAGUUACUACCUCAUAACCUUCUUGAAGCAAGUGAAAUCUUUGUUGGAAGUAGUUUUGGGCAUGUAUUUUUAAAGCAGUUUUGUGCUACAAAAGUACUGAUUCUAAGCACAGAUGCAGGAUGAUGGUCCUGCAGAAUAAGGCACUUCCAAGAAGUCGGUUCUGUUUGGGUCUUGACCUUACCUUCCUCCCAUACUAACAGGCUUUUCUUGUCCCCAAGGAAUGCACAUUUUGCCUGAUUAUUUUUUUACCCCCACUCCCAACCAUGUUCAUCCUUUCUUCGUCAUAUAAGCAAUAAAAUUUUUUGUUCUAAACCUUUCUUACCCCUAAAUUCCCUUCCAUGCUUUAGGCUAAGGCUUUGAUGGUUCCUCUAAUCCCCUUGAAGAUGGCUUAGGGUGACUUCAAAACCUGUGAUCUCCCAUUUGCACUACCAGCCACGGAACACUUCUUUUUAGUAUUCUGUCAAUCAGAGAUCUCUGUUGAUUCCUAAACUAGGACUUAGAAGAAAAAGAAUUGGAGACUUCACAUUUAUUAACUGGUGUGAUACAACCUGGAAUUAUUGAAUUCCAAUAAAUAAAAUUUCACUUUUGGA